AUGGUAGAAAGAAUGAACAGGACCCUUGGAGAGAAGAUGAGAACGUUGCUAAUGCAGAGGAGACUACCGAAGAAGUUCUGGCCAUACGCGAUCAGAGCUGCGGCGUUCAAAAUAAACCUCACUCCGAGCGUUGAUAAUGAAUUCCCUUAUCAAGCGAUGUUUGGCAAGUCGCCGGAACGAGCUUUAAAGCUCCUACGAGUGUUUGGUUGUCUGGCAUGGGUAAACGUACCCAAAGUUAAACGGGACAACAAGAAACUGGACCAGCGAGCCGUCGCAUCCAUUUUCUUAGGGUACAGUCUAGAAAGGAAGGGCUGGCUCUUCUACAGCCCGGACUACAAUCCGAACAUCUUCUGGAGCAACUCAGCAAAAUUCAUGGAAUCAAAGUGCUGGUCAGACAGAACAGAGUGGCGACCGGUUGACACAAAGGCACCCCCAAUGAUGAUGACAGAGGAAAAUUUCGAAGAUCUAGGAUACAAUAAAGAAAAUAUAUUCGACGAAACAGAUGAAGAGCCACUACGAGAAUACAUGGAUAUGGAGACAGAUUCGGAAGAAAGAUUAAGCGAAGGAACAGCGGAGGUGAUGGAACAAGGACCAAUCGCCGAAACUCAAAUUGACAGCGAAUUCUAUGGACUCGUAGCGACGCGACCGGAAUGGAGAAAGAACCUGGACCCAACCAUACAUGAAGCAAUGAGUGGAAAGGACAGAAAACACUGGGAGGAGGCCAUGCGAAAGGAGCUGGAUGGAUUGGAGGCGAUGGGCACAUGGGAGAUAGUCGACCUCCCAAAGGGUGCAAAUACUGUCGACACACGUUGGGUACUCAAGAUCAAAACCGAUGCAAACCUCGUGCCGACAAAGUUCAAAGCCCGGCUCGUGGCACGAGGUUUCACUCAACGCGAGGGCAUCGACUAUACAGAGGUCUUCGCACCAGUAGCACCCAUCCAAUCCAUUCGAGGGGUGAUCGCUGUCGCAGCAGUACGAGAUUGGGAAAUGGAUUCUAUCGACGUAAAGCAAGCGUACCUGAACUCCACUAUACACCAUGAUGUAUACCUCAAGCCCCCAGUAGGAAUCGAAAUGCCACCCGGAAAAGUGUUGAAGGUAGUGAAAGGACUGUACGGUCUGAAACAAUCGGGCCGAGAAUGGAACAUUGAGUUAGACUCACAUCUCCGGACGAUCGGAUUCCAUUGCAUGCUGAGCGCACCAUGCCUAUACUCAAGAGGGACAGGCGACAAGAUCACGAUCAUCACAGCAUACGUGGACGACAUGCUGAUAACAUCACCCAGUCGUGAUGAAGUAGAUCGCGCAAAGCGAGAGAUCAUGGACAAAUGGGAGACGCAAGACAAUGGAAGGGUCAAAGAAUUUCUGGGUAUCAAGAUCACACGUGAUAGAAGACGGAGGAGGAUAUCUCUGGGUCUAACGGCAUACAUCAAGGAAAUGGUGAACAAAUGGUUAGGAGGAGCAAACGAGAAAUCUUGGGUACCCAUGCUGAGUGUAGCGAACGUUGCCGGAGGCGAGCGAUGUGAACCUCAGCGAGCAAAGAAGUAUCAAGAAUUGGUCGGCCAACUAUUAUGGGUCUCCAACACAGCCCGACCAGAUAUUGCCUUUGCCGUCGGCGUAUUGGCGCGAUAUAUGUCGAUCCCGAUCGACAGUGCAUGGAAGGCAGCCAUCCACGUGGUAAAGUACCUGAACCAAACGAACGAAUAUCAGUUGCACCUAGGAGGGGAGACAAACGAGCACUCGGAUACACCGGUAACGACGUAUACCGACGCAAACUGGGCAUCCGACCCCACAAAUGGACGAAGAAGCACCUCGGGGUCGAUAACAUAUGUAUAUGGGUGUCCAGUGAGUUGGAAAUCACACGUUCAGAAGUGUGUGGCAUUGUCGGCAGUCGAAGCAGAGUUUGUCGCCGCUUCCGAAGCGGUACGAGAAACCUUAUUCUUCUCAUAUUUGCUCCGGGAUUUGGAGACCACGGACGUUCGGCCCGUACUAUACACAGAUAGCCAGGGGUGCAUACAGGUGAGUAAAGAUCCAGCCAAACAUUGGAAGUUAAAGCACAUCGACACACGGUAUCAUUUCGUUCGCGAUCACGUACAAGAGGGCGAUGUGGAAAUCAAAUAUGUCGGAACGGCAAACAACGUUGCAGAUGUCUUGACAAAACCCUUACAGGGUCUUAACACCUCACGAUUGGCUAGGAUGAUAGGACUGGAGAUCCCGCCGAAGGGGGGAGUUGAAGAUGCGUCGGCAUCUCAAGUAAGAUGCACAUGUUACGGCCGAGACAUUGAGACACGGGAGGCUCACGUAAGCGAGAAGUACAAUGAGGUACGUAAUUGUUGUCAUGGUGACAGCACAGUGGCACCCGGUAUCAUAGCAACACAGGAGUACAAAUGA